AUGAGAAGCAAGGACAAAAUAGGGAAUGAGAGAAAAGGAACAAUUAUGUUUCGCCGUCGACGUGGACUAAGGGACCCUGAAGAAUUUGAAAGCACACCAACUGAGGAAGAACAUCUACCAGUUUAUCCUUUUGAUGAUGACUUUCAGCACCCCAGUGUUUCACAACAGAGUGACAUUGAAGAACUGAGUUCAACAUCUGAUUCACUUGGGAAGAUAAGUCCUGUAGAACUGUUUACAGAUCCGGGGGAAAAGGUAGAGGUCAUCCUUGGAAAAAUUGGAGUUGACAUUAACCGUGCUCUUAGUGCUAAGAGGCAAAGAAUGGAGACAACUUCUAGACAAACUUUUGAAGGAGUUGAGCAGAAAAUGAAAGAAGUUUGGAACUCACAUGAAGAUGCAAUGGCACAGCUUAAUGCAGAGUCUGCUCAGGCAUUUGCAAAUCUGUUUCAGCAGUGGAAUGAGGAUUUUAAGAAAUUUCGAGAACAACAUGACAAACUAGUGAAUGAUUUUCAAGAACAGGAGAAGAUUUUUCAACAAUCUAGAUUUAUUCGGAACCAGAGACGGAAAGCAAUUAGACAAGUACAUGAACAAUUCUUACAGAAUUUGGAAGACCUGGAGAGGAGGAAUGAUAUUCUGCUUACUGGGACACAAAGUGAACUUAAAAAGGAAAUUGAUAAGCUGUGGAGAAAAAUUAUGAAAGAAUCUCAGCAGCAGGAAAUGACGAAUGGUUAUCAGUCUUUCCAGUCCGUGCUCUUUUGA